CCCUGAGAAAUCAAUAUGGCCUCCGGCCGUGGUCGGGGCACGCGAGUUCGUAAUAUUUUUGUAAAAUAAUUAACAAAAACAUCAUACGUUUUAUUUAAAAAAAAAAAAAAAAAAAUACUCUAUUAUUUAAAAUAAAUUUUAUUGCCGCCGACUGGAUUUUAAAAUAAUUUCUUAGGCUGUAGUUAAUUUUGAAAUUUAAAAAAUAGUGGAUUUAAUUUAAGUCACUGCCGAAGAGUGAUGACCGGAGCCGAUUUAUAUUUUUUAUAUUAUAAAUAAAUGAAUAAUAUAUGUAUAUUAUAUAUUUAUGUGAUAGAUAAUGUGUGGGGUAUAUUAAUUUAGCCGAUAAAGAUGUUGGUUUAUUGAUAAUAAGUCACAGAAAAUUUAAAAUGUCUGAAGAUAAAAAUAUUGGUGUCGAGGGUUGUCCGGAAGAAGAGGCUGAGGAUGAUGAUAUGGCGACGAUAUCUGCUGUUGAGGAUAAAGUUAGUAUUGAAAAAAUUUUAGAAGGUAUGACUAAUGAAUUUAAUCGCAGUAUUCAUAAUAAUUCUGUUGGUAAAAGUGCUGAGGAUCAGCAGCAAGACGAUAACAAUUUUAAAAUUCCCACUGAGUAUUUGGAGGAAGAGGAUACUGAUACUAAUAAUGGUAAUGAUAAUGAUAAUGAUAAAGAAUGUAAGUUGAUGGAAGUUGUUAACGAUAUUGAUGAUGAUGCUGAAGAACAGCAGGUUGAUGAAGAGGAAGAAGAAGAAGAACAUGAAGAAGAGGAGGAGGAAGAAGAGGUAGAGGAAGAAGUGGGACAAGUUCAGAGUCUUGAAGACGCGGAAGUUAUCGAGUUACCCAAAGCUGAAAGCAAAAAAGAUAACAUUCCAAGAAUUGUUUUGACUUUUCGUACGAUUGAUGAGACAACAAAUGAUGGUAGAAAAACUAAAAUAUCAAGUUGCGCUUCUAAUUUGAGCCUAGUACCAGAUGAACUUGGAAAUUGUGAUCAGAUUGGAGGUGUUUCGGUUAAAAUAGAACACUCUGAUGAUCAUUCAGAUGCGGCUGAAAAGUCGGACAAUGAGGAGAAUAAUGAGGGAAAUGAUCAAGAAAAACUAGACUCUGAUAAUAAAGAUUUGGAUAAUCAGCAGGUUGAAAUUACAGCUACUGAAGUUGAUGAAAAUUUGGUUGAUGCUGAUGUUGAAGCUGGUGCUGAUACAAAUGCUGAUGUUGAUACUACUGCUGAUGCUGAGAUGCCAAGUGAACCUACUGCGGUUGAUGCUGUCGCUGAUGAUGUAGACGCUGGAGUUUCUAAUGAACCAACAGCUGAAGUUGAUAAUGAAAAGAAAGAAGAGGAGCCCAGUGUUGUUAAUAACCAAGUACCUUUGACCAGAAAACGAAGAAGAAGGACGAGACUAAGAGCUUUCAGUGAUUCGACUGAAGAAACUCCUAGUUUGAAACGUUCUGCUCGUAGACUUUGUAAAGAAUCUGGUAAGAGUACGGUACUAGAAAGUGCAAUGGCGAUAAAAGAAAAGUCAAACUCUACUGAAGAAAAUAAAAAAAGAAAAUAUACAAAACCUGGACGGCCUAGACGAACAAACAAUAAUAAAGAAAUAAAAGAAUCUAAAGUUACUAAUUCUUACAGUGACUAUAAUAAUUAUUCUGACAAUUCAGUUCAUGACAGUUCUAAAGUAUCUAGUCCAGGUGAUAGUAAUGCUAAUGAUACAUUAUUAGCUGAUGAGACACAAAAUUCGCUUGUUGAUUAUGAGGGUAUGCCAAAAUUGUCACCUAUGAUUAAAGAUUCUCCAGCAAAGUCGGAUCCUGUCGACGAUAGCUCAGCUUCGGAUGUUGAUAAGCCCUUUCUUAAACCCGCUGCUGGGAGAAAAAAAGACCGAGGAAGACCUAGAAAUAAUUACGCUGCUAGAAAAAUUGUUAAACAUGACUCUUUUGAAGAUGGACCAUCUGCUGCAGAAGCUGGAAAAAAUAAUGACUACCCUGAAGAAUAUCAUGUGCCAACAAAAAGAACCCGUAGGAGUAUGGUACCAAGUCCAAGUCCAGCUGAAGGACAAGCAUCAAAACCAGAAUCUUCAGCAGUAUUUAGUGAGACUUAUGAGGAAUCAACGAUAUGUUUAUGUCAAAUGCGAUCGCAGUUAUAUGUCACAAUAACAGGAUCAGGAACACCAUUAUUUUGUACAGCAAUAGACUCAAUAGACAACAGAUUAAUUGGAUGUUGCAAUGAAGUAGACAGCAAUGACGUAGCGAUGAGACGUCCGAGUACACGUGUACCGUUCAUUAUUUUAUGUCGCGCUCAUAAAGAACGUUUAUUACGUCACAACUGUUGUCCCUCGUGUGGUUUAUUUUGUACUCAAGGUAAAUUUGUACAGUGCAAUAAUGGACACCAAUUUCAUCGUGAUUGUGAGAUUUACGUUAAUAAGAAACCCGUAUGCCCUCAUUGUGCCAAUGAAACGUCUAAUUAUGACGUUUUGGUAACAAUGUCUGGAUCACGUAAACCUGUUUACAUUCCAACGCGUAGAAAAUUUUCAAAAUUACCUUCUGCUAAGAUGACAUUACCUGGAAAAGGUGACAAUACUAAACUCGCAGAAAGACCACCAAGUCCUUUGGUUAAGCCUGAAGAUAUUAAAAUACCUCAAGUUACUAUAAAUACAAAUGAACGUCCAGAACGAUUUACAAUAAUGAGUCUUUAUACUUCUGUUAAAAAUGGUGAUCUAGAUAAAUUAGUUAAUGUUUUAGCUUGUGGUUAUAAUGCGAAUCACACAUUUCGUGAAUAUUCACAUCGUACAGGGCUUCAUAUAGCUGCUGAUCGUGGUAAUUUGGGUUGUGUUCAUGCUCUAGUACAAGCUGGUGCUCAAUUAGAUGUUAUGGAUAAAAAUCAAUUGACGCCUUUAAUGCUAGCGGCAAUUGGAGGAAAGACUGAAGUUGUACGUUACUUAGUACGUGUUGGUGCUGAUGUUACACUGAAAGGCGAAGAUGGUAUGACUGCAUUACAUAUGGCUGCUAAAUCCGGACACCUUGAAUCCUGUAGAAUUAUUUUGUCUGAAUGUAAAGUACCUAGGACUUUAGUGGAUUCUGUUGAUGAUGGUGGUUGGACUAGUCUAAUUUGGGCUUGUGAAUUUUGUCAUGUUGAUGUGGCCCGAUUUUUAAUUGAAAAAAAAUGUGAUCCUUUGAUAAGAGACGCUGAGCAAAACAUUGCAUUACAUUGGAGUGCUUACAGUGGGAGCUCAGAUAUUACAGAGAUGUUACUGAAUGAAGGAUGUGAUGUAAAUGCUGUAAAUGUUCAUGGUGACACGCCACUGCAUAUUGCAGCUAGACAGGAUCAGUAUGCUGUCAGCGUGUUGUUGUUAGCACGUGGUGCCAAAGUAUCGGAAGUAAAUGUUGCCGGUGAAACAGCUUUAAAUUGUUGUACGACUGACGGCGAUACGAUGGCGGCUUUGAGAUUGAAUGCCAAAGUUAUUGAAUUGUCGGAGAGUAUGUGGGAAAAAACAACGAGGAUUCUCACAAAUGAUAUCUCACGUGGUAAAGAAUCAAAUCCUAUACAGUGUGUAAAUGGAUUUGACUCAGAAGAUAAGCCAACAGAUUUUUUGUAUGUCGUUGAAAAUUGUUUUACCAGUAAUAUUAAUGUUGAUAGGACAAUAACUUCGUUACAGUCGUGUCACUGUGAAGAUAAUUGUAGCUCGGAAAAGUGUCUUUGUGGUAAUAUUAGUUUAAGAUGUUGGUAUGAUGAAGAGGGUAAAUUAAUACCGGAAUUUAAUUACGCUGAUCCACCGAUGUUGUUUGAGUGUAAUCAAGCGUGUGCUUGCAAUAGAAUAACGUGCAAUAAUCGUGUAGUUCAACAUGGACUGACUCAACGAUUUCAAUUGUUCAGAACAAUAGGCAAAGGAUGGGGUUUGAGAACUUUACGGCAUAUAUCUAAGGGUAGUUAUGUUUGUGAAUAUGUAGGCGAAAUAAUAUCCGAUUCAGAAGCUGAUCAUCGUGAGGAUGAUUCUUAUCUAUUUGAUUUAGACAAUCGAGAUGGAGAAACUUAUUGUAUUGAUGCCCGACGUUAUGGUAAUUUAGCACGUUUUAUAAAUCAUUCUUGUGCUCCAAAUUUACUUCCUGUACGUGUUUUUGUCGAGCAUCAAGAUCUACAUUUUCCUAGGAUAGCCUUUUUUGCAAAUCGUGAUAUUGAAGCUGACGAAGAACUUGGAUUCGAUUACGGAGAAAAGUUUUGGAUAAUAAAAUAUAAAUCAUUCACUUGUACAUGUGGUGCAUUAAAUUGCCGAUAUUCCGAAAAAACAAUCCAAGUAACAUUAGAUAAUUACAGAAAAAAAAUCCAACAGGAAGAGAUACUAGCUGGACAAUUAAACUAAUAAAUUAUGAGCUCUGUUUUAUUUAAAUUAUAUAUUUGAUCGUGUCGAUCACAACGAAUAGUUCUUUUUUAAUUAAUUUUUAUUACAGUUAUGAAUAUUAGAGGAACAAAUAAUAUUUUACGGUAAGUGGGAAAGUUAUUGAGUACAAACGACUAAACAAUUGAUGAUUGUUUAAUUUUAUUAUAUUUAUUAAUGAUAAAAUGCCAUUAAUGCAGCUCAUUAUUAUUACUUACAGUAAUAAAAACUUUUUUUUUUAUUUAUUAAAUGAUUUACUUGCCACUUUCAUGCCGUCAAGAUAAAUUACAAGAAUUUGUUUAAAUUCUCAUUAACAAAAUUAAUUAUUAUCAAUUUCAAUAACUAAAAUAAUGAGUAAUGCAUUUUAAUUUUUUUUUAUUUGUAAAAUAUUAAUAAAGUAGAGAGAAAAAUGUAUUAGUUAAAUUAAUUCAUACAUUAAUCUAAUUGACUGACUGAUAAAAUAGAUAAGAGUCAAAUAAGUUUAUUUAAAGUUAUAUUUAAUUUCUUUCUUUUUUCUUUUUAAAUAAUUAAAUUUAUUAUAUUUUAUUUUUGUUUAAAAAAUAUAUUAACAUAUGCGAUUUAAUUAAAGAUAUUUUUAUUUAUGAAAGAUAUCGAGACUAAUUAUUUAAAAUUAUUUUUCUUUUUUAAUUGAAAAUAAUUUUAAAACUUUUAAAAAAAUCAAACGACAUAGAAUAGGCUUCGAAAUAAAUCAGACUUCUCGUCCUCUGUAAUUAUAAUUAAAAUUAAAUUGUUAACAAUUCGUUUGCUCAUCUAAUGCUAUUGUUAAUUAUGUAAUAAUUGUAAUGAUAGUUACAAUAAUAAUAAUAAUUG